AUGCCUACUCUUGCCAUCGCUGGUGGAACCUCGGCCAGUCUUGGUCGAGCCAUUGUCACUGCUCUGUUAUCCUCUCAACGUCACUCGUUGUGGAACGUAGUCAUACUCUCUCGAUCCCAAAACGUCCCGCUCUGGCUCCGCGCUAUCGACAAAGACAGCACACGUACCCAAGUCCGCGCAGUCGAUUACCUCUCCACCGACUCUCUGGCACAGGCCUUGAAAGGCACCCACACCGUCGUCUCGGUCACCUCGGCCGUCGACGGGACUCAGGCCCAGAUACAAAAGAAUCUUCUACAUGCCGCUGUUAAGGAGGGCUGCAAGCGAUUUGCACCAGCACAGUGGGUGUUUGGCCCAAGAGGAGAGACUAGCAUCCAAACCACACGGUCGUUCUUUGAGGGUGUCUGGGAUGAAUGCGUCAAGUACAAGAACGAGAUUGAGUGUGGAAAGUUCAACCAGGGCGCAUACAUGAACUAUAUCGGCCAUGGAAUUUAUCCGACCCCUUUAAAAGUAGCCGAUGACACAGCUCUGCAGCUGAUGUCGGCGGGAAAUGGAUACAUGGCUGGUGAGGACGAGGCGUGUCAGGGUUUGCUGAGACAAGGCGACUUGGCAGAUGGUUCCGGCGCCUUCCUUCUCGGACUUCGCAACGGCAUCGCAGAGGUUCCUGUCAAAGAUGACGGCUCCUGGCCUAGGAUCACCAUGACAACUAUGAGGGACGUGGGCAGAUUCUUUGUGGAAUCCCUCGAGUUGCCAAAGUGGGAGGAAUCCAUGAGCAUGGCUGGUGAAACCCUCACCAUGGGCGAACUUCUCGCCCAUGCAGAAGCCGUUACCGGAAAGAAGUUCCUGGUGAACCGACUCACGCGGGCUUAUCUCGAGAAGACGUUAUCAGAAAUUGCGCCUGACGACUACAUGGCACAGAUGUGGACAGAGUUUAAACUCGCCUACACCGGCGAUCUCGACGACGAGAUGGUCUUGAAACCCGUGGUCAAUGAGCUUUGCCCCGAGGUGCAGCCUGUCGGAGUCCGCGAGUAUAUGGAAAAGUACUGGGUUGGAGUGUAG